CUUCGUCUUCUAUAAUAGUUACUUGGAGAGAAAAAAAGAAGAAGAAAGAAAGACUUUUUUUUUCUUCGUUUCUCUAUUAUUAUUCACCGGAAAAUGGUGUUUGGUUGGAGAAAAGCGUUUUGCACAUCCGCUUCAAGUAAUCAAGAGAAACCUCAACAAUCAUCAUCACACAUUCUGAACACAGAUGCUCCUCCAAUUUCCACCCCAAGAUUCCGAUCCAAGUUUGGGUUUUUUUCAAACCCAUCAACUCCACGUCUCCGAUCUCGUGGCGACGGUGGUGGCAUUGGAUGCCGCUCCGCCGACUCCACAGCAGUCACUACCCCUUUGCUUCCCACUAGCCCCAAACUCCAUUGCAGGACAACGAGCAACGCUACUCCAAGGAGCAGUAACAGCUCAACCCCUAAGUUUUUCUCUAACCCUUCUUCUCCUAAAUUAUCUUCUCCUUCUUCUUCUUCCCAUGGCGGCGUUUCUCUCCUCCGUGCAACGCUUCUUCUAAACAAGAGUAAUAAUAACAACAGAUGUGGGAUUUGUCUGCAGCGAGUGAAUUCCGGUCAAAUCGAUUCGACGGCGAUUUUCACGGCGGAGUGUUCACAUUCGUUUCACCUCUCCUGCGCCGUUAGAUUUGAAGAUAAACGUUGUCCGUUUUGUUCCGCCGCGUGGAGUCACGCACCGAAGUCGGAUUCUCCGUCUGUGAUAAUGGGAUCCGACCCGAUUAGACGACCCGCUAUCCGAGAAAUAAAAACCGGGAAAUCGCUGAGAGUUUACAACGACGAUGAGCCGUUAACUUAUUCGCCGGUUUCUCUUGCUCAGUUCAACACUAUACCGGAAUCAGACGAAAACGACGACUUUGACGAAGAUGAUGAAUUUCCUGGAUUCUUCUCGGAUUCUUCGAUUACGCCUGCGUUGUCUGCUCCGCUUCCCUCAAUCUCGGGGAAUCUGGAGGUUAAAUUGCAGCCGGAAUCCGCCGUUGUGGAAACCGGGAAAAGGGUCGAGACGCACGUCGUGGUUAUGAAACUGAAAGCGUCUCCCUCUUCCAUCACCGAUGCGAUUAAGGCGCGUAGGCCAUCGAUAGAUCUGGUAACGGUUCUCGAUCUGAGCGGCGGCGAUGCGAAUUUACAGACGAUUAAGCACGCGAUGCGAUUAGUGAUCUCUCUGCUCCGGGAGCUGGAUCGGCUUUCUAUCGUCGUGUUCUCGACGGGAUCGAAACGAUUAAUGCCGUUACGACGGAUGACGGCGAAAGGACGCCGAUCGUCGCGGCGAAUCGCCGACGCACUCGUCGGGAUUGAAACAGCAGGCGGCGUCGCAAUGAGCGUUGACGACGCACUGAAAAAAGCGGUUAAAGUCGUUGAAGAUCGGCGAGAGAGGAACCCGUCGGCGAGCAUCUUGGUUUUAUCGGACGGUCAGGAUCAACCGGAGGCGGUUUUAAAAGCUAAGCUUAACUCCAAGCGAGUGCCCUUCGUCGUGUCCACCACGCGCUUUUCUCGUCCUGAGAUCCCGGUUCACUCAGCUUGGAUUGCUUCUCCGAGCGCGUUGCAUCACGCGCCUAUUCGAGACGCGUUCACCGAACGAAUCGCUUCGUUGUUGAACGUGGCUCUCCGUGACGUGAAGCUCAAUCUAGGUUUGGUCUCCGGAUCUCCGUUGACCGAAGUAUCGGCUGUUUACUCUCUUACGGGUCGGACCGAGAGCUUCGGAUCCGGGUCGCCCGUUGUAGUCGGCGAUCUGUUUGCUGAGGAGGAGAGAGAAUUUCUCGUUGAGCUCAAAGUACCGACUUCGUCGAGUGGGUCCCACCAUGUAAUGUCCGUACGGUCUUCGAUUGUUGACCCCACGACGCUUCAGCCAAUGGCUUGCCCUCAUGAAAAACGGUUUUUGAUCCCGCGGCCACAGACCGUCCGAUUCGUAUCUUCGAGCAUCGAACGGCUUAGGAGUCUUUACUCGGUGAGCCGCGCUGUAGAGUAUUCACGCAAGCUGAUUGAGAGUGAUGAUUUAGCCGGUGCUUAUCAGGUUCUAACGACGGCUCGGUCCAAUGCGUCACACGCGGAUGAUAGCUUAAAGAGCUUGGAGGCUGAGUUAAUUCAGAUAAGCCGGUUUAAAGCAAGAAGCGGUUCAGCAAACCAAGCCGAAGAGAAAACCGAGCAACUUACGCCGACUUCGGCUUGGAGAGCCGCUGAGAAAUUAGCGAAAGUGGCUAUCACGAGGAAGCAUUUAAAUCGAGUCAGCGACAUGCACGGCUUGGAGAACGCCAGAUUUUAAUUUUUUUUUUUUUAAUUUCAGUGAUUUUUGAAGAUAUGGUAUAUAAUUAUUAUAUCCAAUAAUUUAGUAAGAUAGUAUAAAAAAGUAUAAAAUUAAUUAUAGAAGUAUGAUUUUUAGAAAGGGACCCAAGGUGCAUGAUAGCGACAAGCAGUAGCCGACGGGUGUGGCCUUUUGUAAUGCAGAGAUUGGAACCCUACAUGAGAAUUAAUUGGUCUUUCCACUCUUUUAUCUUUUUAUCUUUUUUCUUCCUUUUUGUAAUUUUCAGAAAAUCCAAAUUAAUGACUGAAAAAGUGGAAAAGAUUGU